AUGGGUGGCUGGUGGUACUUCCGUUUUCAUCGACAUUUUUUCCCCAUGCUCUUCACAUCUUUCGUCAACGUCCUCCUAUUUGCCCUCUGUGCAGCGGCGUUCCCCGUCAAACGUCUAUAUCGUCCGUCGUCUCCGGUGUUUUCGCUUAUUGCCCACCAUGAAGGCGCUGUAUUCCAGUACCACUUGUUGAAGUACAACGGCAAGGAACUUUUGCUUAACGCCGAUGAGCAGGCCUUUUUCGGCAGAGUGAGAGCCUCCGAGGGCUAUGUGUUGAAUCUUCCGGGCAGCGUCAAGUCCGGCAAUGCCACCCAGCUGAUUGCAAACACCACCAACGUCCAUGUGGACCCGAAAACGUACCAGUUGACUAUUGCGCCCAACGCAGCCAACGCCACGCACGGCUUUGGCAUUUCCAAACAGAAGUUGACUUUCCGCAACUCCACCGAGUUUUUGGCCUGCCCUAGCAACUCUUAUAGAGGCGAGUACCGGGUGUACUGGGGCAACCACAACAAGACCGCUUGCCCCAACAAGGCCAGGGGUUACAACAUCGAGUUGAUUGUGCAGACCGACGCGGCCAUCAACUACAACCCUUCUACAAAUAACAAUACUCUUCCAGGUCUUUCCAACACCACUCUUUCUAAUCUGCUUUCGCCUCCAACGAAACGCUCCAAGAAGUGGUUGUUUUUUUAG